AUGACGAGACUUAUUCUAUCUACGGCCAAUGUCAUGUUGGCAGGCCCCUCCAUUAUUCGUAAACCCGGCAACAAUAGAUCCAACCUCGAACUCGUAAAUUCUCUACGUGACAACAUCGCCGAGGCUCAGCGCGAUUAUGCGAUCGAUGCGCAAGAAACCAACGGCUUCACGAACGGCGAUACGCCCAACGGCAAGCACACAGCCGUUGACCUCUGGACUGAACAACAAGGCGAUGUGCUAUACGUUCCUCGCAUUAAUUGGAACGCCGCGGGCCUACAAGAGGAACCCAGUCAGUAUGAGAUCACUGUCAAGUUUUUUGUUCUCCCAGGCAUGUCAGUAGCUGCUCGCGAGCAACAUGUCAAAGAGGCUCUGGACUUGGUCCGGAGAGAACUCGGCAUCCAGACCAUCGAUCUCCUGAUUGUAUCUUUCCCUGGCAUUUCGUUCGAAGGAAACUGUGAAUGGGAGGCGGACAAGACCAAUGCCCAACAGGGGAACCUUGAAGAGGAGCUUGCGACUUGGAAGGUAUUCGAGGGCCUGCACAAGCAAGGCCUUUUGAAGCGUCUUGCCGUGGCCGAGUUUGGUAGCGAGAAACUUGGCGCUUUCAUUAAGCGUGCGAGCGUCCGACCCGUCAUUGACCAGAUCAACCUGCGAAACUGCUGCGAUGUUCCACCUCCGCUGAAAAAGCUAGCUGAGGAAGAAAGCGUGGAAUUGCAUGUUCACAACGACUGUAUCGAUAUUCUCCCUCACGGCACUCUUCGAGAACUUCUUAGUCACGGGCCGAAAGGCGCUGGUCUCCUUGCCGAUCCCGGUAACAACGGUUCGGGUUUGACUGGAGAGAUUGUUCCUGAAUGGGUAGUGCGAUACACAGCAUUCGUACAGGAUCGAGGCGUCAUAGAGAAUAAGGGAUAUUUUGCUGGAGCGGAGCUGGUGGCACCAUAG